AAAUAUAACGAAAGAGGAACUAAAAGCACUUCAAGACAUAAAAGCAGACAAAUCCAUUGUCAUUACUCAAGCAGACAAAGGAAACACAACAGUAUUACUUAACAAAACAACAUAUAAUCAAAAGAUGAAUGAACAUCUACAAUCUGGACCCUAUACCAUAAUGACUAAAUCAGCUGAAACGAUCAUCAACAAAACAAUGAAAGAAACAGCAAAGGUAGUUAGACAAAUGAAAGAAGUAAUCGGUAAGUCAAAAUGGUUUGAAAUUAUGCCAAAAUCCUGUAAUGUACCUAGGAUAUAUGGUAAGAUAAAACUGCAUAAAGAGGGAUAUCCAAUAAGACCGAUUGUAGACUUCAGAAACACACCAACGUAUAUGCUAUCCAGAUUUCUCUCGACAAUACUAAGACCGACAAGAAACAACUCAAAAGCUAGAAUAGUAGAUUCAUUUGAAUUAGUGAGGCGAAUAAAAACCACUAAAAUAGAGGAGGAAGAAAUACUAGUUAGCUUUGAUGUAAACAGUCUUUACACGAAAAUACCCAUUCAAAUGGCCAUGAUUGCACUGAAAGAGAAACUAAAUGAAGAUAAUGGCCUGAAAGACAGAACACAGUUAUCCGUAGAAGAAAUAAUAAAAGGGAUAGAAUUCUGUCUGACAACAACAUAUUUCACAUUCGAAGGAAAAAUAUACCAACAAAAUGAGGGAGUAGCCAUGGGAUCGCCUAUCUCACCAAUUAUAGCUGACAUUUUCAUGGAUUAUUGGGAGGAGAAUGCCCUUAAACCAUUCAGAUCAUCACUAAAAUGUUGGUGGAGAUAUGUAGACGACACGCUAGUAAUAGUGAAAAAAAACGAUGCUGAGAAACUUUUAUCACACAUAAACAAACACGUCGACUCAAUAAAAUUUACUAUGGAAUUAGAGAAUGAAAUUGGAGAACUACCCAUGUUAGAUUGCAAGCUACAAAGAAUGACAGAUGGUAGCAUAAAAACAACGAUAUAUAGAAAAGCCACACAUUCUGGAAGAUUCCUUGACUAUUACUCAGCUCAUCCACUCUCGGUAAAACGAGGAUUAAUACAGGGUCUUGCAGAUAGAAUACGUAGACUUACAACAGCACCAGAGGACCAGCGUAAAGAAAUAAAAGUUCUAUUCACAAUGUUACUCGAAAACAACUACCCUAAAGAAUUUAUAAAGGAUAAUAUAAAAAAGAGAAAAAAUAGGGUAAAACUGGAGAAUAAUAAGAUGGAAGAAUGGAGAAAAACAGUCGUAAUACCAUAUAAAAAUGGUACAUCAGAGGCAAUACAAAGAAACCUCAAAAAUAUCGGUAUUAGAACAACCUUUAAACCGACAAAUCUAAUCAAAAAUAAAAUAAAUCAACUAAAAGAUCCCAUAAAAAUGAUGGAUAAAAACAAUUUGAUUUAUAAAAUAUCUUGUGCUGACUGUCCAACUAAAUAUGUGGGGCAAACGUCCAGAUCACUCAAAAUAAGAGUGAAUGAACAUAAACGCCUAACUAAAGGUCAACCAACAGGGACACAAGCCUACAAAAAUCUUGAAAAAAAUUCAUCCAUAGCUGCACAUGCAUGGGACAAAAACCACAAUAUCGAUUGGGACAAUGUAUGUAUUCUAAAAACAAACAUGAACAAAUGGAAAGAAAGACUCAUAACAGAAUCGAUAUUCAUUAAAGUCACACCGGAUACAUGUAACAAGGGUGACUCAGUACAACUAUCAACAACUUGGAAUAUAAUUCUAAAUACAAACACAUGAAUGAAUGUAGAGUAUAAUUCUGAACACACAUAUGCACACACAAAACAUGAAUGAACUUGGGAUAUAAUUCUAAAUACAAACACAUGAAUGAAUCUGGAGUAUAAUUCUGAACACACAUAUGCACACACAAAACAUGAAUGAACUUGGGAUAUAAUUCUAAAUACAAACACA